AUAAAGUCUAGAGCUCAGAGAGUUCAUGCGUAAAACAGAUCCCAACUAUUGUUCUCAACUUAACGUGAACUCUAUAUAUUUUUAUAUCAAUAUGGCAACUAUCAGUUAUUACAUUGUUUUAUCUGUCUGCGUUUGUGCGUUGGCUAAACAUGGUAUAUUCGAGGAAGAGGACAUAGUACAUUAUCGAAGCAAUCAAAAUAAUGAGACUGACUACUAUAUGUUUGUGACUCGAGAAGGAGUAAAUCCAGAAUCGAAUCCCAACACAGUUGUGAUUGAAAUUCUAAAACCAAGGACAACAACCUACAAUUACUUACUCGAGAAAAUAGUUACAAUUGAACUUUCGCCCAAGUACGUAGGAAGAUUUAUUGAUAAUGAAAUAGGAGAUGACUUGAUAGCCUGGCAGAUGGAUUAGUACACAUAAUCUUAUUCAUAUUUCUUAUAUUAUAAAAAAUUACCUUAUUCUUACAUAGUCAAAAAAAUAUAUCUAUUUUUUUUC